ACGUCAACAGCACUGUGCACUGUAUUAUGAAACUAAUUACCACUGAAAUGUCGUUUUUCCUCAUGUCCAAGAAUGAACAUGUUUUAGCACUGACCUCUCGAAGUAAAGUUUUAUGUUAGCUAUCUAUUUUCUGGCCGUCAUUGCUCAGGAUGGCUGCAUCUCACAGUGGCCAAUCCUCCCUUGUUCAAAGCUUGGCCACACUCCUCCGAAAUGAUGGCGACUUGGUGCUGGAUGGCAGCAGCACACUGACCUUGCCGGCGGCCAGCCUGCUGCAGCUCACAAGGCUGUUUGAGCAGUACUUGCUGUCCAGGAGCCAGCAGCAUGGGUUCCUUGCGCUGCCCUCCCACCCUGCCGACACCGCUUCACUGCUACAGCUGCAGUUCCUGUUUGACAUCCUGCAGAAGACCAUCUCCCUCAAGCUCAUCAACCCGCCAGGGGUGAGACUUCAGUCUGUGGUGAAAAUCUUCCCAUUCAAGUCUUUGAAGUGUUUGGAGCUGAAGCGAAUCCCUCCACACUGUCUAGAGGGACUUAGAGGGGUUUACUCGCAGUUAGAGGUCUUCACAUGUUCAAAGAGCCUCAGCUCUCUGGAGGAGCUGCUCUCCUUGUGUGGAGGUGACCUGAGCUCUGCACUGCCUUGGCUGGAACUGCACACCCUCAACUUUAGCUACAACUCCAUUGUCUGCCUUGACCAGUCACUCAGUUUACUGAAUGUCCUGAAGUCUUUAGAUUUAAGCCAUAACAAGAUUCAGGAAUGUGCUGAAUUUCUCAAGCCCUUGAGUGAACUUGAGCACUUGAACCUGGGCUACAACUGCCUGCAGAGGGCGCCAACGCUGGGCCUGAGUGCCAGGGCCAAACUCCUCACACUCAACCUCAGGAAUAAUGAACUGGAGACUAUAAAUGGUGUUGAGCAGUUGUCUUCACUCCAGCACUUGGACUUGGCUUACAACCUCUUGUUGGAACACUCCCAGCUGGCUCCUCUCUCCCUGCUGCACUGCCUCAGCACACUGAAUCUGGAGGGCAACCCUCUGUACUUCCAGAAGACCCACCGCAACUGCACCGUCCGACAUCUCUCCCCAAAGGCUGCAAACCUUAAACUCAAACUUGAUGGUACUCCACUGUCCUCAUCUGAGUUAUCAGUUCUGCCAAAACCAGGCCAGCUGAUCGUCCAGUUACAGACUUCACCUCCAGUUGCCAUGCAACCAGAACGCAGUAACCAGGAAGUGUCAAGCGGUGCUGGGGAGCUUAGUGACAGCGUGUCAGUUCCUGAAGUGGGAGUGUCACACAUUCGGAAGAAGAAAUCCAGGAGUAAGGUCAAAGUGCGGAGGGCCAGCAUAUCCGAGCCCAGUGAUACAGAUUAUGGACCCAGGCUGCUUUCGUCCACACCGGACAUUGUCCUUCCCCACCAGCAGGAGAUUGAGCGCAUGUCCAACUUCAGAGAGCAGCUGGGUGAGGAUUGGCUGAGAUACCAACAUCAUCUAGACGGACCUUCCCCCUCUACCAUCACCACUGCCAACACCAACCAGCCAACCCUUCACCGUCAACCCCUCCUUAACGGCCUCAAGACUACGCCAUGUUCCUCCACCAGCCCAGGGCAUCAGCCAUCUCAACCAUCCCUGGAGGUCCCAGAGGUCCUCCCCUCACCGCUGCUCUCAUCUGAGCCCAGACUGGAGAUGUCCGAUGUGGAUGCAGACCACGAAACAGAGUCUACCCUACAGUGGCCAGGUCAGAGCUCUCAACAGACAGAGUCCACCUUGGAGGACAGCAUGGUGGAUGGCCCGUUGAGCCAGGGAGUGGUGAGCUCACCAAGGCCAAGUCCGGAGUCCCAGAGGUCAGCUGGAGCAGAGAGCGUAGACACCAAAGAGGAAGAAGAGGAGGAGGAUCUGGGAGUGGACCUGUGCCACCCCUUACUUGUGGGUGUCUUAUCCGAAAAAGAAGAGGAAGACAGCGAGAGACAUGGGGAGCGGAAGACGAGGAGGAAGGAGGUGUUCCUGCGGAUCAAACAGGGCCUGCUGCUGGAGGUGGACAUGCAGCGCGGCCAGGAGAGAUGCCGCCUGGAGCUCAGCAGCCUGGCUCAGGUGGAGACCACAGAAGCUGCCUGGACCCGAGGGGAGACAGAAGAGAUGCUGCCAGCUGUCGAGCUUCAGUUCGACUACAUCAGCAGGGAGAAACAGAGGAGACGCUACGUCCUGCUAGACGAUGACCCACGGCAGGCACUGCAGGCUCUGACUGACGUGCUGUCACAUGUGACGGACGAGAACCUGCGGCGUGACUCUGAGCUCCGACCCAGCUGUGUUCGCCUGCAGUGCCUUCGCUGCAGGUCAGAGUUCACGCAGCAGGGAGAGGGCGGUGAGGAGGUGGCAGCGUUGAGAGCGAGGGGGAGAGGGGCUGCCAUGCUCCCAGAAGGUGAGGAAGAAAAGGAUGAAGAGGAGCAGACAGAGUGUGAUGAUGACAGCAAAGAAAACAUUAAUAUUUGUCCAGAAUGCGGUAGCGAUCAUGUGGUCCAGCUGGCCAGCCAAUCAACUCCCUACAGUAGUACGCCCAUCCAUCGCUCACCGAGGCCAGACAGUGGGGACGAGCAUCUCGACAUAACCCAGAGCACUCAGGGCGCCAACAAGCAGGAUGAUUACACAGAUGGCAGUAUUAGCAGUAGCCCCAUCCUGGAAACUGCCACCACAACAGAGGAUCCCACCUUCGUCACUGCCCAGGGAAGCUCCUUCUUCACCACGGGAGGUCAGGCUGAUACCUCCAGCCUCUCUUACAACACAGACAGCCAAAGUAAAGAGGACCUGGCAGGGAGCUACCACUACACCACUACAGGUGCUAUACCACCUGAAGUCCAAGCACAACCUGCAGGAAGAUCCACUCAGAGUGAUGAUUUGGACCUCCUAUCUGAGGACUAUGAGGUGGUGGACCAUCGGCUGCAGCUUUUCCUGGAUGUGGAGGUCUUCGAGGAGGAAGAGGAGCUUCACUCUUUCCUAAGGAUGUCAGCUGUCAAAUUUGGGGAGCCAGGGGAGGUUCCCUGUCUGUUGGUGGUUUCAAACCAGCGAAUCUAUUUCGUGGAAAUGACAUCGGAAACCCACAGAGGCCAGCUCUCUGAUUGGCUGCAGAAGAGGGACAGCCACCCAAUCAUGGAGCUCAGCUACCUGGAGGUGGGACUAGCCUCCCAGAGCAUCCACAUGGAGUUUGGAGACGGCGGCGUGGCCUACACCCUCCUCGUGAGGGACAGUUUACGCUGCAAACGCUUCUUUGGCCUCUUGACAGGAAUUGUGCGUGAGAUGGCCCACAAAUCAGACAGCAAGCUGAAGUCCAUCUCGACCACCAGACUCAGCCCUCAGCACCAUCUCUGGCCUCUAGUGUGUGAAGACAUCCAGGCAGAUGUGGAGGAUGGCCAGCUGCAGUUUUUCUACAUUCUGGCUUUUGUCCUGCAAGAGGACAUUUGGACGCCCUUGACAGUCUUGGCAACCCGGGAAACCCUCUACCUGCUCAAAGAGGACCACCAGUGGAGGAAAAGCUCCAUCAGCCUGGCAGCGAAUGAAAACAAAGAACCCAGCAGCGGGAGCGUCACGGUUUUAGAAACACUGCCAAUCAGCUGCGUGAGCUCCGUCCACCUGUGGCCUUCAGAUCAGUGCAGGAUGGAUAUCAGGCUUUACGAUGAGACUGUGAAACAGGAGAGGACGUGGUGUGUGCGCUCGGAGAGCUCGGAGCUCCUCCAGGGUCUUCUGGCCUGGGUCAGAGCGCAGUGGGAGGCCAUGUUCGGAGUAAAACUGCACACAAGCCUGCAAGACAAAGCAGCAUAAUGGGGGCAGGGCAUGAAGACAGAAAAAAGGUUACAGGCUGUGUAUGUGUGUGUGUGUUUGGUGAGCAUGAAUCUGCGUGUUGGUACAGGGAAAUGUUUAGUGAGCGUGAGCGUCUUUAUUUUCUCUCCGCACAGUCUGCACUCAGCCUGCUCCCAUUACGCCCAUUGCUUUCGUCGUCUUAUUAAGCCAAAAGCUUUGGAAGUGAUUGCACUCAUUCAUGUGGCACACAAGCCUAUAAAAGCACCGGUUGCAUAAUUUUUCCCUCCAGAUACCAACUUUCCUGCAGCUGAAAUGGAGUGUGCCUUGUUUGUAUUUCAGCUGCCAUGUGUUCCUGGUGGUAUGCACCUUAAUGCAUCUUGUAAUGCCCUUCGAUCACUGGAGCAUCGAGCUGAUAUGGAGCAGAUUUGGGAACUAAGAGGGCAUUAAGUUGGGGAGAAGAAAUGUGGACAGAGCCCUUCCUCGCCGUCUUAGGGUGCAUUGAGUUGUGACAUCACGCGCUCAACACGAGGCAGGGGGCGCCACUGAAAGGCCAAGGCUCAAAACACUGUCAUCAAGGGUCACCUCACACCUUCUCCCCCCCAAUUAGGGUCUUAUGAUGUGUCUGCACCGUGUCAUGUGAACCUUAAAGGAUACCAGAAGUGCAAAUCUGCAGAAAUCCUGUGAGCCUCUCAGAGAUGAACAGUAGCAGUUUGUUUCUUUAAAACCUGGGAACAGAUGUCUGUUUUGUUCAUUUGUAACCUGAGUGUAUUUUUGUUUAUGUUUUGAUGGAGGAAACGUCUGUUCGGCACUGUCAUCAAGCACAAGCGCAGCGGAUUUACAUUCCAGAGUCUGUCAGCUAAAUCAGUUGAUUAUAUAUGGGCCUAAAAUGUAAUCCAGAACGUCUGCAGCUGUGUGCAUCAUGUACACAGCUUUCGCUAAAUAUUCUCAUCAUUCACAGAUGCAACGAAGAGCGAAAUGAACUGCGCACUGUUAAUUUAGAUUAACCAACGUAACUUAUUUCUUUGUUAGCAUUUUUUCAUUGUGGGCUGAUGCAAAAAAAAGUAUUUUAUUUUUGUAUAAUACAAAAAAACAUCUGAUGUAUGAUGUGUGAUUAUAAAAGUGUUCAGUUGUG